ACCAACCUCUUGCGAGCAUGCUUCUCAGCCUCCCGCACAGCUUUCAUCCCGCGCCUUUCUCAGCGUCGCCCCUCGGAGUCGCCGCCGUUCCUGCUGCCAUCCGGAGCACAGUCUCACACUCCACCAGCUUGCCGCCAUGCCCAAGAAUAAAGGAAAAGGAGGUAAAAACAGACGUAGAGGAAAGAAUGAGAAUGAAUCUGAAAAGCGAGAGCUGGUGUUCAAAGAGGAUGGGCAAGAAUAUGCUCAGGUAAUCAAAAUGUUGGGGAAUGGACGAUUGGAAGCAAUGUGUUUCGAUGGUGUAAAGAGACUGUGCCAUAUCAGAGGGAAAUUGAGGAAAAAGGUUUGGAUAAAUACAUCAGACAUCAUAUUGGUGGGGCUCCGAGAUUACCAGGAUAACAAAGCAGAUGUCAUUUUAAAGUACAACGCAGAUGAAGCCAGAAGUCUCAAGGCAUAUGGCGAGCUUCCAGAGCAUGCUAAAAUCAAUGAAACAGAUACCUUUGGUCCUGGAGAUGAUGAUGAAAUUCAGUUUGAUGACAUUGGGGAUGAUGAUGAAGACAUUGAUGAUAUCUAAAAUGAACUCAACAUUUUACAUUCUGGUCCUGAAGAUUGCCCUGCAAGUUUGAAAUCUGGCCAGUCAUAGACCUCAAGGAAAAGUUUUCACUAUCUUGAUUGUAAUUUAUUGAGGCAGACUUGAUUCAAUACUAAGAUCUGCUUCUUUCAAAACUGAUAAUAUCUUAAGUGAUGUGUUAAGCCUACUUUGUUCAUUUGAUGUAAUAGAACUCAACAUCAUGUAAGAAAAAAAAAAACUGCCUUUCCUACUUUGACCACUUCCAGUAAGUAAAUGGAUGUUUCGAAUAAACCAUUUGCCUUGUACUCAUUAUAAAUUAUGAUUAAGCCCUCCUUUUGCAUAGCUGUUGACUGUACAGUCUUUGUGUAUAUCCCAGUUGCCCAGAGAUUUUGAUACAAAUGGAGACAGAAAUCUGUUUUGUUGUUUUAUUAUAUUUUGAGACAGAGUCUAACUUUGUAUCUAAGGUUAGCUUGGAAUUCUCUAUAGUUCUAGUGGACCUCAAACUUGCUAUGAUCCUCCUUUCUUGACCUCCUGGGUGCUGAGAUUAUAUGUAUGUACUACCACACCUGGCAGAAAUCUAUUUAAAGGCAAAAAUGAUAGGUCUGCUUUGCAUAUUUAAUUAUGUGGCUAUUUUAUACUAGUUUUGAUAACAUGUACGUUCUUUUCAUGAAUUGUUUUGCAGUCAUCAACUUAUUGGGGGAGGAAAGGCAUCUCCAAAAUGUUUUUAGAAGCUAGAUUUUAAUACCAAUUUUGAAUUAAGGUCAGUAGUUGCAGAAAUUGAACACUAGGUGGUGCUCAGUUGUCUAAACAUUACUAUUUUAAUUAUUGAGAUGAUUUCUUUUCUCAACUAGUGUGAGUAGGAAAUUCCCAAACAAAGAAAAAAAAAUGUUUUACUCACAUGCAUAGAAUAUUUUUACCAAAAAGAAAGAUUGUAUUUGAGUGAUGCUUUUCGGGAGUCUUACAUAAGCUACAAUUCCGAGUACUUUAUAAAAGUAUAAAUUAAUGCUUCUUAAGGCUUUCCCUAAACUGAGGGGGAAACAAACAUAACUUUGAUAUAAUGGAAUGACCCUGCAAUUGUGAGGUCCAGGCAGGAGGAUCGGUGAGUUCAAAAAACAAGCUUAGUGAAAAGAUGUUUUAUUUCUGAAUCUAAGAGCUGUAGCCAUAAAAAAGAAAUAGCAUGCUGCAGAGAAUAUUAUAUACUCCGACUUUGCAUUAGGGACAAGUUUAUUAUGUAGACAGUUUGAGGAUGGGGGGGUCCCAUUUUCUUUCUACAGGGAAUUUAGGUUUGCUUUUAUUUAGAAGUUAUUGCAGUUAGAGCUGGGCUAGUCGGAAUUCACUGUACACACUGAAAGCAUGCAAGUUGAAAACUAAGAUCCAUCAUGCGGCUUGUGGACUUUGUACUCUACUAGCAUCAGAAAACUUUUCAUUAAAGAGAAGGAUUGCAUAUUA